CUCCAGUACCAUCAUUGAACAAUGUCGCGAGAACGAGAAAGGCACAUGGUCGAGCCAGCUGCAGAGGAUGCACAGCCACAAGCCUCCGGCAUUGAGUUUCUCGAUUUCCUUGCUCCAGACACUUGGUCGCCACACUCUCCCGCCGAUCGCCUCGUCAACUGGAGCUUCUGUGGCUGUGCAUGACGUUGUUUCAGCAAUCUCACCGCAGAUUUGUCGAUGGACGCUAUCCAGCAAGCAAGAAGCUUGAACCCAGGUCGGGUGACCGCAUAGGCCCAUCAUCACCAGUAUAAUAAGUAGGAAGAUUGUUUCGCUGGCUGGCCGCUUGCAAGGCCUCUCUUGACACACUCUCUGCCACUCAUUCUGCGACAGGCGCGCCUCGUUCCAGCAGAAGCGCCCAGCCCGCGGCUCAAGGAGCUUCGAUUGUCGCGAGACCUGGCUUGAACACGCGCCCGACACCAAUCAUUGCCCAAACAUCUAUUGUUGGCAUUCACGACAUUUUCUCCCUGCCGGUCUGCUCUGGUCGAUUAUAUAGACCUAGAGGUCGCCAAUUUCGACUUCCGAGUUACAGCAACACCAGGAUUCAGAUCAACAAGUUGCGACAAUGGCGGCAGUCGUGGGAAAGUAUGCAGCGAACAAGUUCCUGAAGAAGCACAUGAGCAAGUAUGAGGACAAAAAGGUGGAAGGCGGAAAUGACCCAUACUUCGCCAUGGUCGAAGACCCGCGACGGCCUGGCAAGUUAAAGAAGGUCAAGAAGCAGAUCCCGAACUACAUCCCCGAGCACGAUGCGAUGGUUCUCGCCAGCGUUCGCAAGCGAGCGUACCACCUCGACUGCGGCCUGUUCACCCUCUUCGGCAUUCGAUUUGGAUGGGAAAGCGUGAUCGGGUUGAUCCCAGCAGCAGGAGACGCGAUUGGAUCGGCGCUGGCACUCAUGGUGGUCAGGAAGUGCAACAAAGUAGAAGGAGGACUCGGAAACGCGCUUCUGAUCCGCAUGCUCAUCAACAUUGCCGUCGACUUCCUCGUGGGACUCGUCCCUUUCAUUGGCGACUUGGCGGACGCUGCAUUCAAGGCCAACACCAAGAACCUUCGUCUGCUGGAAGAACAUCUCGAUACCAAAUAUAAACCGGACGCUCUUCGUAAAGACGACCGCGACCUUGCCGGGGUAGAUCGUGAGAAGAGGCGGUCUAACAGGAAGAGCGGCAUCUACGCGCCAAACGAUCCUCCACCAGCCACAGCCUUCGACUAUAGCGAUUCGGAGGAGGACACAAGGCGACAUGACGACAACGUGCAACAGCCUCGUCCCACAAGAGCGCCAGAAGACAGACGCGGUGGUGAUCGUGGUGAUCCUCGAGGUGGCUUCUUCUCAGGCAGCAAGAGCAAGCGAGGUAACAGGGAUACAGAGCUCAGAUCGGACGCUAGGAGGAAUUAUUGAUGAGCGCAUAUCAUUCGAGCAGCGAAUACAGGACGCGACAUUAUCGCGGUGGAGCGAGGCGUUUUGAGGAGCAAGAGCUGUCAGACUGAUGAAUGAUACCCUAGCAGAGAAAUUUGACAGCGCAACAGCAAAACAGUAUUUUUGAAGCAGUAGCAACGCAUAUGCAUAUCUUCCGACAAAGCCAACUGUGAAAAUCAAUAUGCCUGUCGACAGAC